GCUACCGCGGGACACCUGCGGGGGCGGGGGCGGGGAGCGUCCGGCCGUAGCUGCCUCCCCAGUCAGCACCUGCAUAUCGGCCCCUGGGACUCUAGGAAAACUGGGAUAGCCGCGAGGGCUGGCAGGCCCGGAGUGUCCUGCGGCCUGAGCCGCCGGCGUAGCUCCUGGCCUCAGCCCGGUGACUUUCCCGGACCGGCCGGUUAAUCAGGGUCACAAACGGCGCGCAGUUGGGAAGGCGGGCGCGCGUUGCUCGCUCCCGGACCCCUCUCCUCCCCCUCCCCUCCGCGCUCCUUAACGUUCCAUUCCACGUGUUGCUUGUUGUGGGCGCUACAGGUUCCCCACCUGCGCCCAGGGCGAGCUUCCUGGGCCGCCUAUCAGCUGGGCUGUGGGGGGCUAAGGACCUCUGCAGGAACAAUUCCCAAGGCAACCGGGCUCGACUUCCCCCUUCGCAAACCCCGCCUAGUCAUUCCCUCUCGCUCGGGUAGGCUCCCUAUUUUUCCUCCUCCUUCCCCCUCAACACCCCCCCCCCCCCCCCGCCCCAACUCCUGCCCGCCCCUUUCGCCCUGGCGGUAGGAAACAGUCUGGUGCCUAAACUCGACGUGUCCGUAAAGCUGCGGCCGCUUUCCCUUUCGCUCUCCUCCCGCGGCGCGGCUUUCCCCUCCGGGGCCUGAGGGCUGCGCCCGGGCACCAUGCUGGACCCGUCUUCCAGCGAAGAGGAGUCGGACGAGGGGGUGGAAGAGGAGAGACGCGACGUGCUGGUGGCUGCCGGCGGCUCCCAGCGAACGCAGCCCGCGGCUCCUCUCCGCGAAGGGCGGCGGGACCCUCCUGGGCGCCCGGGCUGCGGCGGCACCGCCAGACCCGCCAGCCCGAGCCCCUCGGUGCUGAGCGAGGGGCGAGAGGAGCUGGAGCGGCAGCAACAGGAGGAGAACGAGAAGCGCGCCCGCCUGCAGCUCUACGUCUUUGUGGUGAGGUGCAUCGCGUACCCUUUCAACGCCAAGCAGCCCACUGACAUGGCCCGGAGGCAGCAGAAGCUUAAUAAACAACAGUUGCAGAUAUUAAAAGAACGAUUUCUGGCCUUUCUUAAUGGGGAAACCCAAAUUGUAGCAGAUGAAGCAUUUUGUAAUGCAGUUCGAAGUUAUUAUGAGGUUUUCCUUAAGAGUGAUCGGGUGGCCAGAAUGGUUCACAGUGGAGGGUGUUCUGCUAAUGACUUCAGAGAUGUAUUCAAGAAAAAUAUUGAAAAGAGGGUUCGGAGUUUACCAGAAAUUGAUGGAUUGAGCAAAGAGACAGUGUUGAGUUCAUGGAUAGCUAAAUAUGAUGCUAUCUAUAAAGGCGAAGAGGACCUGUGUAAACAAUCAAAUCGUAUGGCCCUUAGUGCUGUAUCAGAACUUAUAUUGAGCAAGGAACAACUUUAUGAAAUGUUUCAGCAAAUCCUGGGGAUAAAAAAAUUAGAACAUCAGCUGCUUUAUAAUGCAUGUCAGCUGGAUAAUGCAGAUGAGCAAGCAGCCCAGAUCAGAAGAGAACUUGAUGGACGUCUACAAUUAGCAGAAAAGAUGGCAAAGGAAAGGAAAUUCCCCAAGUUUGUAGCAAAAGAAAUGGAGAACAUGUUCAUAGAAGAGAUGAGGUCUUCCGUGAAUUUGCUUAUGGCUAAUUUGGAAAGUCUUCCAGUAUCUAAAGGUGGUCCGGAAUUUAAACUGCAGAAGUUAAAGAGAUCACAGAAUUCUGCAUUCCUAGAUAUGGGAGAUGAGAAUGAGAUUCAGCUGUCAAAAUCAGAUGUGGUAUUGUCAUUCACAUUAGAGAUUGUUAUCAUGGAAGUUCAAGGUUUAAAGUCAGUUGCUCCAAAUCGAAUUGUUUAUUGCACAAUGGAAGUAGAAGGUGGAGAAAAACUUCAGACAGAUCAGGCUGAAGCCUCAAGGCCACAAUGGGGUACCCAAGGAGAUUUUACCACUACUCAUCCUCGACCUGUGGUCAAAGUAAAGCUCUUUACUGAAAGUACUGGAGUUCUAGCCCUUGAAGAUAAAGAAUUAGGAAGAGUAAUUUUGUAUCCAACUUCCAACAGUUCAAAGACAGCUGAAUUACACAGAAUGGUGGUUCCAAAAAAUAGCCAGGAUUCUGAUCUGAAAAUCAAAUUGGCCGUGAGAAUGGAUAAGCCACCACAUAUGAAGCAUAGUGGAUAUUUAUAUGCCCUUGGACAAAAGGUAUGGAAAAGGUGGAAAAAACGAUACUUCGUUCUUGUUCAGGUCAGCCAGUACACCUUUGCUAUGUGCAGUUAUAGAGAAAAGAAGUCUGAACCACAGGAGUUAAUGCAACUUGAAGGAUACACUGUGGACUACACGGAUCCACACUCAGGACUUCAGGGUGGCCACAUGUUCUUUAAUGCUGUUAAAGAAGGAGAUACUGUAAUAUUUGCCAGCGAUGAUGACCAAGAUAGGAUAUUAUGGGUCCAGGCUAUGUAUAGGGCAACAGGUCAGUCGUAUAAACCUAUUCCUGCAACUCAAACCCAGAAGCUGAAUCCCAAAGGAGGAACUAUCCAUGCAGAUGCUGCUCAGCUUUAUGCAGAUCGUUCUCAGAAACAUGGCAUGGAUGAAUUUAUUUCUGCUAAUCCCUGCAAGUUUGACCAUGCGUUCCUCUUUAGAUUACUUCAGAGGCAGACUUUGGAUCAUAGACUGAACGAUUCCUAUUCUUGUUUGGGUUGGUUUAGCCCUGGCCAAGUCUUUGUAUUAGAUGAGUACUGUGCUCGUUAUGGAGUAAGAGGCUGUCAUAGACAUCUCUGCUACCUUACAGAAUUGAUGGAACAUUCAGAAAGUGGUGCUGUCAUUGACCCAACCCUGCUCCAUUACAGCUUUGCGUUCUGUGCAUCCCACGUUCAUGGCAACAGACCUGAUGGAAUUGGAACCGUUUCAGUGGAAGAAAAAGAAAGGUUUGAAGAGAUUAAAGAAAGACUGUCUUCCCUUUUAGAAAAUCAGAUUAGCCAUUUUAGAUACUGCUUUCCCUUUGGACGGCCUGAAGGUGCUCUCAAAGCUACACUUUCAUUACUCGAAAGGGUUUUAAUGAAAGAUAUCGCCACUCCCAUACCAGCAGAAGAGGUGAAGAAAGUGGUCAGAAAGUGUCUAGAGAAGGCUGCCUUGAUCAAUUACACUAGACUUACAGAAUAUGCCAAAAUAGAAGGGCCAGCAGAAAAGGAAACAGAGAUCAUGAACCAAGCUGCUCCUGCUAGAAAGCUAGAGGAGGUCCUUCAUCUAGCGGAGCUCUGCAUAGAGGUAUUACAGCAGAAUGAAGAGCAUCAUUCAGAGGGAAGAGAGGCAUUUGCUUGGUGGCCAGAUCUAUUGGCUGAACAUGCAGAGAAAUUUUGGUCAUUAUUUACUGUGGACAUGGAUUCAGCACUAGAGGCUCAGCCACAAGAUUCUUGGGAUAGUUUUCCACUUUUCCAACUUCUAAAUAACUUCCUAAGAAAUGACACCCUUUUGUGUAAUGGAAAAUUUCAUAAGCACUUGCAAGACAUCUUUGUUCCCCUGGUCGUUCGCUACGUGGAUCUCAUGGAAUCUUCCAUCGCUCAAUCUAUUCACAGAGGUUUUGAGCAAGAAUCGUGGCAGCCUGUCAAGAACAUCGCCAACAGUCUUCCCACUGUAGGUCUUCCAAAAGUUCCAAGUCUGCCUCUUAAUCUUCCACAGAUCCCUAGCUUUUCUACACCAUCCUGGAUGGCUUCUUUAUAUGAGUCCACCAAUGGAUCAACCACUUCAGAAGAUCUCUUUUGGAAACUGGAUGCACUGCAAAUGUUUGUCUUUGAUCUGCAUUGGCCAGAACAAGAAUUCGCUCAUCACUUAGAACAAAGACUUAAACUCAUGGCCAGCGAUAUGAUUGAGGCCUGUGUCAGAAGAACAAGAAUUGCAUUUGAACUCAAGCUGCAAAAGGCCAGCAAAACAACUGAUCUACGCAUUCCAGCAUCAGUCUGCACAAUGUUUAACGUCUUAGUCGAUGCCAAAAAGCAAAGUACCAAACUUUGUGCCCUGGAUGGAGGACAAGAGCUUGGUAGUCAGUGGCAACAGUAUCAUUCAAAAAUAGAUGAUUUGAUUGAAGACACUGUAAAAGACAUCAUUUCACAGCUUGUUUCAAAGUUCGUUUCGGUAUUGGAAGGGGUAUUGUCUAAGCUGUCAAGAUAUGAUGAAGGUACUUUCUUCUCAUCCUUUCUGUCAUUCACUGUGAAAGCAGCUGCAAAAUAUGUUGAUGUUCCAAAACCAGGAAUGGAUUUAUCUGAUGCCUAUAUCAUGUUUGUCCGGCAAAAUCAGGAUAUACUUCGAGAAAAGGUCAAUGAGGAAAUGUAUAUAGAAAAGUUGUUUGAUCAAUUCACGGGCUUCCUGGUGACACUUCAACUAUGGUGGAUACAGAAGGUCCAGGAACAUCACCAUCUCCACCACGGUCUGUCAUAUCCCUAUUUACCGUUUAUCAGAUUGGGUGGUCACAAUGAAACUCCUCUUUCUCAUUUUGCAUUUUUAGACUCUACCUGAGUCACUUUGCAAUAAAAGUAUCAUCUGUUUUAAUAAGCUGUGUUAAUAUGUGUGAAAAGAAUGAUUUCAUAUAAGCUUUGAUGCCCUGCAGGGGUAGAAAAAUUACCAUUCAUUCAGCUGGAACUUUUUCAGAGUACUAAAACCAUGUUAACAACUUCUGCAUCAGUUUGGAAGUGCCCUCAGCCUACAAGCAGAUGGCUUGUUUCUAAGGCCCCUUCCCCUUUUUCUUGCUUUUGUGAAUUUUUUUUUUUAUAUUGGACAGAGGGAAAGUUGAGCUGCUGUUAUUCUAGCCAGGUUUCUUCUCAGUAAAUCCAACUGCAGCAUGUGUUCUGUGUCUCACACAAGGCAACUCAGUUUGGGAGAAAGAAUAAAUAUGAAUACAUUGUGUGCAGAAUAUCUUUUUUUUCCCUUUGACUGAUUUGUGAAACAUUUCGAAUUCUUUUGGCAUCAUACCAAUUCAUAACAGGGCAUUAGAUUGUCAUGGGGUCUGCUCUCCUCCUUCAUUCUUAGGGGGAGAAUAGAACUCACUAAUUAAAGUGGAACCAGGGAGACAGAAUGAGACACGAAAGUGACAGGAGCUUUAAACCUUCAUGGUUAAGAUAUAAGCAUCUUUUUGGAGACUUAGCAUCUGAUACGACUAUCAUGUGUAUUUCCCUAUUAAAGUAGGACUUUUACCACUCUACCGUAUGUACAACACUACUCCAUGCUAUAAUAAAUAUCCUUAUAGUCAUAAAGUAGAAGCAUUUGUCUUAAACAUCUUAAUAUGUUCAAGAUAUUAGGUCUCUGAUUAUUAACAGAUAUUUUACAUUUAUACAUAUACAUAUAUAGAUCCAUCUAUAAGUAUCUACAUGUGUAGAUAGAUGGAUAGACAGACACACAUGAAUAGAGAGAAAGAUAUAGUAAAACCUGAUCUUUUAUCUCUUACAUAUGUAGUAAGAAAAACAUUUAUGAGAGAGGAUUCAGAGUAACUAAUUAGCCAGUGUCAAAUUUGUCUCAUUCACAAGUAAGUAAAUGAGAGGUUUUCAAGUAAGUGUUGAAAGGUAUAACAGUAUAUAUAUGAAGCAAUAGAUUAUGAAAAGUAUUAUUUAAUUAUUGGAAAUCCAUUUAACUACAUCUUAAAAGUAAUUAAUGAUGAUUUAUAAGGGAUCAGGAAACAAAUGAAAAUGAGUCUGUAUAUGCUCUUUACCACCUUAGCCUAUUGCUAAUAAAAGAUUGAAAGGAAAAAUGUUAUUCAGUUAUUUGUAAAAUAUUUGUCAUCUCAAUUAAGGUACUUCUUGAGUAGGUUAGAAAAUAAGUCCAUGUAACUUCUCUGCCUAAAUACUACUAACAUUACUUGCCAAAUAGAAUUUUUAAAAAAACAAAACACAUUAAAAUCACAAUUUUUCUAAAUCUCUGCAAUCAUCUAUUUUCAAACAAAUGGAACUUUGGGUGUUCCAUAUGAGAUAAAUAUAAGUCCCAUAACAAAAUACCAAUGCUGGUGAUAAUUUCCCCCUAAAAUAUUAAAGAUGAAUUAUGUAUAAUAACUACUGUAUGAACUAUUUUAGCAUGAAAGUAGGGCUAAUUAUUCUAUUUUGUUUCAGGAUUUCCCUCACCCUAAUUGUUCCCUUGUGCUCAAGGUAUAGAAUAGCUCAGAUUCCUUAAACCAGUAUGUCUAAUUUAAACAGAUAAAAGAAUGAAUGAAUGAGAGACCAUACAGUAUAUGCCAAGUACUGUGCUAAAUACUGGGAAUAUAUGUAUACAGGAGAGAAAGACUCUGCUCUUAAGAAACUCAUACUCCAAUUGGAGAGAUUCAAAGAAAGUUCAGGUGCAGAAUAGAUGAAAAGGUGCUGAAGUCCUAAGGAAUUAAUGAAAAGAUACAGGAGUUUUAGGCUAUUUUGAUAGAUCUAAAGGAAGUACAGGGAAUCUUGAGGGCAAAGAGAUAGGGCAAUUGGUAAGGCUUAGAAGACCUUAGAAUGUAAUCAUAGGGAAGAUGGUGAGCCCUAGUUAUUUUAUAUUUCAUCUAAGGCACUUAGGUACCAGCAGAUAGAGUACUGAACCUGAAUCAGGAAAGAGGAAAAGAUGCUUUAUAUAGUAAAUUUAUGAACCAAGCUGUCAUCCUGGCUAACAAUACUGUCAUCAUGAAAAGAUUUAUCUUUGUAUUUCUACAGGCCAAAGAGAUGGAGGAUGAUUCUAAUGUGAGAAUUAAUCCAGAGUAUGAAGUGAGUUUACAGGGCAAAGAGUCUUGUGGAGAGUCAAAAGUGUAGCCUUUGGUCUACCCUAUUAAAUAUGAAUUUAAGUAUUAAAACUAGGUAGUACAGUGGAUAAAGCACUGGGCCUGGAGUCAGGAAGACUCCUCUUCUUGAGUUCAAAUCUGGCUUCAGAUACAUACUACCUGCGUGAUUCUGGGCUAGUCACUGUACCUUAUUUGCCUUGGUUUCCUCAUUUGAAAACGAGUUGAAGAAGGAAAUAGC